AUGGAAAAACUACUUGAAACUUUUGAAUGUUUUCAUUUUCUUAUUGCCCUUUUAUGUUCUGUCUGCAACCUGUCAAGUGCCACCUCCGGCUGGAUUCAGAGCUACUACCUGGAGCAAGAUGAGUGGGCUUUGGACAAUAUCUACAUUGGACAGCAAUGCCCUCAUAUGUGCCAUGGUCACGGCUGGUGCAAACAUGGUGUAUGCAGCUGUGACGAUGGUUUUACUGGUGUGGACUGCCAGCCCCAGACAUCCCUCUCUUCCAAUGUCAUGUCAGACUUUGAGUUGAAGAAUACUCUGCACAAUACCUGGCAGGAAGUUAUAGGUGGUGAGAUAGUGAGGCCAGAGGAGGGUUGUGGAGUUAUCUCCUCUGGGUCAUCUCUGUACUUCAGCAAGGCAGGACGCAGACAUUUAGUCAGCUGGGACCUGGACACCAGCUGGGUGGACUUUCUUCAGUUCUCCCCUGAGGAUUGGUGGGGAAAAGCAGAAUGUAACGGGCUGAUAGUCGUGGCGCUGCUUCAGUACAGUAACAAUGGGGAUCACCUGGGGACUUCUCGCUGA